AUGCCCUUGGACCGGCUGCUGAGAGGUGGUCUGUGGUCUCAGGGCGGAAAUCUCACUCUACGUGCACUACGCGCCAGCCAUCGACAUCCCUUCGACCCGCGUUUCUUCUCUGGAAAUGCGCCUGCGGCCCCUGCAGAAUUGCCGGUGCUUUCGCCUCCGUCGGUUGCUGGAUGGUUACUGUUCUCGUCGGCCCUGGUAUUUGCUGUCAUUGUCGUUGGAGGCGUCACACGUCUGACCGAGUCCGGACUGAGUAUCACGGAAUGGCGCCCGAUAACUGGUAUCCUACCGCCGUUAUCCCAAGCUCAGUGGGAUGAGGAGUUCGAGAAAUACAAGGCUACCCCGGAAUUCAAGCUACUCAAUCACUCCAUCACCGUCAAUGAGUUCAAGAACAUCUUCUACAUGGAAUGGGGCCACAGGAUUCUUGGACGUGUCAUUGGAGUUGCAUUCGUCAUGCCUCUGGUCUAUUUCGUAGCACGCAAGAAACUUACAGCGACACUCCCUAUACAACUGACCGGCAUGGCCAUUCUCAUUGGCCUCCAGGGCGUUCUUGGGUGGUACAUGGUCAAGUCCGGGCUUGAGGACUCGUUGAUGGAGACUCCUGGUGCUGUUCCCCGUGUGUCACAGUACCGCCUAGCCGCGCACCUGGGCACUGCGUUGGUGCUCUAUGCAGGAAUGUUUGGAUCAGGAUUGUCUGCACUGUACGACUGGCGGUACUCUAAGACUGGAACAUGGAGCGGUUUGAAGGGGGAGGGGACUCAAUGGCAAGCUGUCUUGGAGAAUCCGCAAAUCCGCCGGUUUAUGAGAUAUUCGAAGGCGUUGACUGCGCUCGUUUUCCUCACGGCACUCUCAGGCGCGUUUGUUGCUGGCCUCGAUGCUGGACUGCUCUAUAACGAAUUCCCUCUCAUGGGCGGCCGGAUUGCGCCUCCCCAGGAUGAGCUGUUCUCUCGCGAAUAUGCGAAGGCACCCGACGGUUCGGAUUUGUGGUGGCGCAAUAUCUUCGAGAACCCGACCACUGUCCAGUUCAAUCACAGAUGCCUUGCGAUCACAACGUACGCUGCGACUUACUGGAUGUACCACAUGACAUCCAAACCUGCUUUGCGGGCUGUACUACCGCCCCUCGCGCGUCGUAUGGUCAUUGCAGCCUGGGCGAUGGCCAACGUACAGGUCCUACUGGGUAUUUCGACUCUGCUGUACCUCGUUCCGGUUCCAUUAGCGGCAGCACAUCAGGCAGGAAGUGUGAUGCUCCUGACAACCAUGCUCCAAGUGCUGGUGUCUCUCAGGAAACCGGGGAUGGCGGCGAAGUUAUGGAGACAAGCAUUGCAGGCGCAAAAGGGCAAGCCGUAA